CAUCAUCUAAUAUGCAAAUAAGCUUGAGAGAAAAAGCAUCCAAGGUGACCGGCCUAAAAUAAAACAAACAUAAUGCAGUGGUUAUAAUAUUUUAAUCGUUAUAACGGACUUCAGCCUCGCUUGUGAAAGUGUGAAAGGCAAACGAAUGGCUCUAAUACGGUGUUGCUUUGAGCCGGUGGAGUUGCCAGAGUUUUUCGACACUUUUGUGCAAAAGUGCACUGACCCAACAUGUUGUUGUGGUUGUUGCUCAGCGCUUCGUCCGCGCUACAAGCGGCUAGUGGAUAAUAUAUUCCCCGUAAAUCCGGAAGAUGGCCUAGUCAAAUCAAACAUGGAGAAGUUAACAUUUUACUCUUUGAGCUCACCAGAUAAGCUCGAUCGAAUUGGAGAAUAUCUUUAUCAGAAAGCAAGUAAAGACAUCAAUCGCAAGCGAUAUAAAUUUGUGGAAAUUGCUAUGGAAGCCAUGGAUUUGCUUCUUCAAGCUUGUCAUGCUCAAACCACCUUAAAUUUGUUCGUUGAGUCGUUUUUACGAAUGGUGCAGAAAUUGCUGGAGGAUACCAAUCCAAAUCUACAAAUUAUGGCAACAAAUUCGUUCGUAAAAUUUGCCAACAUAAAUGAGGAUACGCCCUCGUACCAUCGUCGUUAUGAUUUCUUCAUAUCAAAAUUUUCGGCUAUGUGUCACGGCAACCACGAUAACGUCGAAUUACGUGAUAGCAUACGGUUAGCUGGCAUUAAAGGUCUUCAAGGUGUUAUACGUAAGACGGUUUCGGAUGAUUUGGUUGAAAAUAUUUGGGAUAAAGUUCAUAUGGAAAAAAUUGUGCCAUCAUUACUAUUCAAUAUGCAGUUUUGCGUGAACGUUUUAUUUGUGAAGAAAAAUUUAAUUGCGUCUGGGGACUUAACGCCCGUUGAGGAUGCAACCCAUAUUACUCCACCAGUAUUGGCUGAAGAAGUUCUACGCGAGCUGGUUGGUCGUGCUUCUUUCGGUCAUAUCCGUAGUGUGCUUAAACCAUUGCUUACCCAUUUAGACCGUCAUGAAUUGUGGGUGCCAAACACUUUCGCCAUACACACUUUUCGCAUUGUAAUGAUAUCCAUACAACCACAGUACUCAUAUACAGUUGUGGAGACGUUAAUGCAACAUUUAGAUAACAAUUUCAAGUCUUCUCCAAAGACUCGAACCUCCUUGGCUGUCGUGCUAUCAAAGAUAAUAGCAAUUGCCGCUGGGGAAAGUGUUGGACCUUCCGCAUUGGAUAUUAUUAACAAUUUGCUAACACAUUUGCGUACUAGCGUUAGCACGACAACAGAAAUAACGGCCGAAGAAUCUCAAUAUCAGGAAGCACUCAUUAAUGCACUUGGCGAAUUCGCCAAUCAUCAUCCAGACUAUCAAAAAAUAGAGAUAAUGUUAUUUAUUAUGAAUACAGUGCCUGAUCUUUCAAAGAAAAGCAAAGGAGAUCAAAUGCUACAGAAUAUACUUUUGAAAUCGCUUCUUAAAGUUGGCACGCAAUAUAGUACUGUUUCAUUCGAAAAAGCAUUCCCGGCAUCAUUCCUGCAGCCCCUUUUGAAGAUGGCACGGGCACCCCACGACCCAACACGUGUUAUAGUAAUGCAGAUCUUCCAGGCUCUUCUUGACCGACACCAAAACGAAAAAGUACUCAGCCAUGUAACGAUCAAGGCUUAUCCGGCAUUGUCGCAAGAGCCACCUUCACGUUCCGAUAUAAUAUUCACACAUAAAUACGGCGCAAAUAUAAUGCAGGCCCUUAUUGAUAGUAUGGCACUCUCCAAUAGGGCUGAGUCACUUGUAUCCAGCUACAAUACAGCAGCACUACUGAUUGUCGAAAUGGCAUGUGGUGAAACCGUACAGGAGUUUCUACUUUUCAUUCUUGGUAUUCAACAAGUAGCGCUCACAGCCGAUUUGGAAUUGGAAGCCGUUCAUAAAUGUAAUCUGCAUUGUAUUGCCAUCGCUUUGAUGUCUCUCAUCUCACGCGUAACAGGCGUAAAUAACUUGCUUGAAUAUACUCAGAAGAUAAUCGAUGCUCGAAAGGAGGAUGCACCAUACUUUUUGCCACCAUUAUUGGAUCCCAAGAAGACAACAUCCACAAAAAUUAACUUAUGUCUGCCCCAUCUUACCAUAGACAAAAUAGCAUUAGCUGAAAGUCUUCAAAAUGCCGGCAUGGACUCCAAUCGAUUGCAAACUGGUACACCAUAUGCACUAAACCAAACCGAUAAUCCAGCCCACCGGCACUCCUGGGUGGACACCGUAAGCAAUCCGCAGCUACCACAGCGCAAUAGUUCCGCCGAUUUGACUGCUUAUAAUGCAGAUGGCGACAGUGUUACAAGCUCGCCAGGUGUUUCCAAGAAAAUGCUUGCACCCGAAUACAAUUUCGAGGCCAUGAAGCGUGCAUUAGCUGAACCCUCCGAGGCGAUGAAGCGUGAGCAACGUGAAAAGCAAUUGCAGAUAGUCCGCACUUUCCGCGAAGGUGACUUUGAGGAUUUAGUACGACGUACUGAGCCAAAGCAUGAUCUUAUACAAAAUCGACUAAAUGAUUUGUUUAACUCGCUGGCAGUGGAGCGUCAAAUAACGCAAAGCGACAAUAAAACGCAACAACUGCAAGCGGAAAAGCCUAUAUACGAGACUAACUUUCCAGAGUUAUUCUAUUAUUAAUGGACCAGAAGAAAAUGCUAUAGUUUAUUUUAUAUAUAUACAUGAUCAUCAGACUCGAAUGACAAUUUGUUAAAUGUUAACGCUACGCAGCGAUAAAAUGCGCUAAUUUAUAUUAUUAAAUGUCUCUUCGCUUGAUCGCUACAAUAUGUCAGGGAAACAGAUGUAUACGCGAACGCUCAUGAAAAAUAAGUGUACGCUUUUAAUCAAAUAUCCAAUAAACUAUAAAAUAUACAAGUUAUAUUUAAUUGUCAGACAAUUUCAUAAAAUCUUGGUAUUUCUAAUUAUCGGAGUUGUUAAUUUAGAUUUGAUAAAUUUGUAUAUCUAAAUUUACAUUUUGAAUUUACCACAACUAUUAUUGGUGGCUGGGCUUAAGAACUGCAUCUCACUUUUAUGGCUUAUUGCAUCCAAAUGCGAAGAUCAAUUAAAUUACGUUAUGGGAGAACUGAUUGGUUGUGAAUUGAUAUUUUACGUGUUUAUGUGUUGUUUACCGGGGUCGAACAAACACAAACACGUGCUAUUUCAACUCUCAACUUUUCGGUCAGAGUUAUUUUGUUUUCCAAACGGCAGCGCUAAUAAGAAAAUGUAUUCUGUGCAACUCCAGCUUGAUUAUGACACUUAAAAAAUAUUAGCCUAAAUUAUGUAUCCGCACACUUCGAAGUUCUAACAGAAAUUUGAUUUUUGUAAAUAUUUUUUUUCAUUAAAAUGCAUUUUUCUUCUUGACAUUUGAAGCUUUGAAAAAGCUAUAUGUAUAUAUAAUUAUUUUGUGCACAUAUUUUAGUGAUUGUUGCUUUAAUUAUGUUAAUCAAAAGUGUAAUUCAUUAUCUUUCGAAUAAAGUGGAUGGGAGGUGUGACAUCACUUUCAUUCGCGCUCUACACCGCUUCAAAGUGAGAUGCAGGUCUCAAGAUUAUACCCAUUGGAAAUUCUAUAAUUAAAAGUAUGAGUUUGUACAUAUAUUUAAGUACGUUCUGAAUUAUCGUGUUAAAGUUAAUAGCGGUUUGUGAAUUAUAUCUUUAAAUAUUAAAUUUUACAUCACUAAUAUGCUACUCUUAUAUGCACCUUAAAAGUUAUUUAAAUAAAUCGAUGGUUGCUUUGUGUAAAAUGA